AUGUCAUUAAUUCCCAUGUCAACCACAUCACCGAGUCCCCCCAGCUCUCAACCAAUUGCCUCCUCUAGCAGUACUACCCUCACCAUGCUGCCACCCUCCUUGACGCAGCCCUCAACCAAGCGACAACGCAAGCGGGGUGAGCGGUGUCUAGGUUCUUUCUGCCGUUGCCCGCGUGCCUUGCGCUGCAGCCGUAACUUGUGCUCAAGGCAUUGUCGUGAGGUGGGCGGAUGUCAUUUCCAUGGAUUUCAUGAUGGCCUGCCUUCGCAUGGAGAUGAUGAGGAUCUGCACGAUGAGUUUCUGACUGAGGAGCUUGAGGAUGGUAGCUUUGGCUGUGAGGAGCUCCGUCAAGCAUUGAAGGCCUCCCUUGAUGACUUUGGCCUUCCGAUCCCAGGUGCACCAGUCCCUUCUAUGCAUGACCUACUGUCUGCACCACCUGCUCCUAUCCCCUGUGAUCGUGUCCAACUGCCAAGCAUGCCUUUCAAGGCUGAUUCCCCUCCCCCUCCUGUGCUACCUAUGAUGGACCCUAUAUGGGCGACUGAUCUCCGUGCCCGGGCCUGGCAGGAGGCUGAUGAUAAGCGGGCUGAGGAGCGCCGCAAGGAGAUGGAACGAGAAGCGAAGCAGCGCUUCGUGUUGCAUUGGUUUGACUCUGAUGAUGCCACUGUCAGGGUGGAAUGGGUGUCCAAGUGCCCUUACUAUCCUCAAUGGCAGCUUGCCAAUGAUCCCGAGCUUGUUGCCUCCUUGGGCACAGAUAUCCAGAAGAUCGAAGUGUACGAUGCACACUUGCAAUGCUGGAUUCCCACUGCCCUCACACAUACCAUCUCCCUUGAGUCUGGCUAUCAUAUAUUCCUCCGACGUUAUGGUGUCAUGCAGUGCAACUGCUUCCAGGAGCUCUUGAUGGCGUCAAAAUAUGUCUCAUGCCCUCGUCACCUUCGGUUUAAUAUGAGAGGCGAGCGCGACAUUUUGCGAACAAAGCUCAAGGCCAAGCAGGAGCAGGCACCACUCCUAGAUCCCGAGGCCGAGGUUGAGAUCAUCGAGAUAAUGUCCUCCCCUGUCAGCAAAGUUAAGCGCGAAUGGGAGGAGAGUAGCGAGCUUGCUUCAACUCCUGUGCGUCCACGACUCACUGUCGAGGACUUCAACAGCCAUUAUGCAACAUCUAUGUCGCCCACUCCCUCUCCACUCCUCUUCCGCAGUUGCAGCAUCAUCUCUCCCUCAUCCAGUCCCCCUCGCGACACAUUCUCUAUGUCCAGUCCCCCUCGCGACACGCUCUCUAUGUCAUUUUCAUCAUCAGCAUCUUCUGUGAUUUCACUCACAUCCUCGCAUUACUUGACUGCCCCGGUGAAGGUGCACACACAACGACGAGCAAUCUCCGUUAAGGAACCUGCUAUCACUGCCAUUCCUGUACCCGACUAUGAUCCUGCAAAGCUAUGGCAGGUGUGGCCCCACGGCAUGCACACCAUUGAUAUGGUGGCCGGCUUUCAGCAGAUGGAUGACAAGCGCCUGCAAGCAAUGUACCGCCAGCAUGAGUUGUUCCCUCUCAUAUUUGGCAUCCCCUUUGUCAAAGCCACCUAUCACCACAAUCACAAGGUGUGGCGAGUGACCGAUCACACUGUCUUUGCUGAGCAUGAGGCCACGGGUCAUACAUCCUUGGGUCUUUGGUCGCACUACCUUGACGCUCAUUUCAGGGCACUUGGGCAGCAGAGCAAGAAGAGCAAGAAGCCUAGCAAGGCCAAGUAA